AUUGUAAUAGACUAUCAAAUUACUAUUAUAAAAUAAUGAAAACUUUUUUUUCAUUUAUUCAAUUUAUAUUACUAUAUUAUAUCAUUGAAAUAAGUAGUAUUAUCUAUACAAAAUCAAUAAAACAACCUAAUAAAUAUGAACCAAAUUGGAAUUCAUUAGAUAAACGUUCAUUACCUAAAUGGUAUGAUGAAGCUAAAAUUGGUAUAUUUAUACAUUGGGGUGUAUUUUCUGUACCUAGUUAUCGGACUGAAUGGUUCUGGUGGAUGUGGCAAGGUGAUAAAACAGCAAUGCCUGAAAUACCGGAAUAUAUGCGUAAAUAUUAUGAACCAGAUUUUGCCUAUGCUAAUUUUGCAAAACAAUUUCAUGCGGAAUUUUUUCAACCUGAUAAAUGGGCUGAUUUAUUUCAGAAAUCAGGGGCACGUUAUGUAGUACUUACUGCGAAACACCAUGAAGGUUUUUGUAAUUGGCCGUCUAUUACUUCAUGGCAAUGGAAUUCAAUGGAUAUUGGUCCAAAUCGUGAUUUAGUCGGUGAUUUGGCUACAUCUAUUCGUAAAAGAACUAAAUUGAGAUUUGGUGUCUAUCAUUCAUUAUUUGAAUGGUUUAAUCCAUUAUAUUUACAUGAUAAAGCAAAUAACUUUACAACACAAACAUUUGUUGAACAAAAAACAAUGCCAGAAUUAUAUGAUUUAGUAUUACGUUAUAAACCAGAAGUAAUAUGGUCUGAUGGUGAUGCUGGCCCAGAUACUUAUUGGAAUUCAACACAAUUUCUUGCAUGGUUAUAUAAUGAAUCACCUGUAAGAGAUACAGUUGUUACAAAUGAUCGUUGGGGUGAUGGAUGCAUAUGUAAACAUGGAGGUUAUUAUUCAUGUGAUGAUCGUUUUCAUCCUGGUAAAUUAGUAAAACACAAAUGGGAAAAUUGUAUGACAUUAGAUUGUUGUUCAUGGGGAUUUAGAAGAGAAAUAACUUUAGAUAAAAUAUUAACACCAGAACAACUUAUUUCCGAAGUCAUUGAAACUGUUACUUUUGGUGGAAAUAUUCUCAUUAAUGUUGGCCCAACUUCAUGGGGAACAAUUUCACCUAUUUAUGAAGAACGUUUAUUACAAUUAGGCGAAUGGUUGUCUAUAAAUGGUGAAGGUAUUUAUGCUACUCAACCAUGGAGAAUUCAAAAAGAACCAAAUUAUGAUUUUGUUUGGUAUACUUAUAAACCAGUAAAGGAUAGUGAGGAUAUAAAUGAAUAUAUCAAAAUGCCAUUUAUAUAUUUACUUCAAAGAAUAUCAUAUAUUAAACAAAAUCCAUCUAUAGUAUAUGCACAUUUAACAAAAUGGCCAAAUAAAGAUUGUAAUGAUGAUUUAACAAAAAUCUCAUUAUUAUCAUCAAUGAACUAUCAAAAAUCAAUAACUAAUUGUAAAAGACAAUUAAAUUUGGCAUCAAUUAGUGUUCAACCAAAUUUAUCACAAUUUACUUUAUUAGAUGGUAGUUUAACUGGUAUUCAAUUAUCCUAUCAAAUAAUGAAUAAAACUACAAUGAAUGGUGUCAUUAUUAAUUUACCUGAUUUAAUUAUAAAUAAUAAUGGAAAAUCAUUAAAUUAUGCAUGGACAAUACGUAUGACCAAUGUAUUUUAAUAAUUGAUUGCAUAUUAUGAUUUGAUUGAAAUAUUAGGUAACAAUAUGAAUUGUCCCAUAGCAACAAAAAGAGAAAGGAAAAAUACACACACAAAAAAUCAAUAAUGACAACAACAACUGAAUUUCUAAUGUUUCACAACUUAAUUUGUUUCUGUUUUAACGAUUAUUUAUAAAAUAUGAUUAACAGAGUAUACAUUAUAUGAGGGUAAUGGAAUGUAAUAUUACAAUGACAAUCAAUAAUUAUAUGAUAUGAUUAAAGUUAGAUAUAUGGGUAUUUUUUAAAAAAAAAACAAUUUAAGUUUCUAUACAUUGAACCAAUCACUAAUGUAUGUGUUUGUUUUUUGUUUUACUAAACGUUUUAUGAAUUUUUUAAGAUCAUUUUGAUAGAUGUACUUUGAUUAAUUUGAUAUUUUCACAGUUGAAAUCAUG